CAUGGCUGACUUGACAGCAGGUCUGCUGUCCAGAGUAACGGUAGCCUGCUCGGAGACAUCAAUUGUCUGGCUCAACUGACGUUUGUUUGAGUCCACCAGUGGUUAGUAACGGGGGUCCGCCCGUUGUUCAGGCUAGUGCUGUGACAGUUAGCUCGUUAGCCGUCUUUAAAUGGAGUUUCGAGUUAAAAGAUGAUCGCUUCACUCUCAAGAGGAAGUUUGCUGGAUGAGGUUCUUCAUGGGGGCUACAAUGAGCAGCAGCUGGCAGCAUAUGUUUCCUGGGUGAACUCUCAGCUGAAGAGGAAGCUGGGCCUACAGCCCAUUGGAGACCUCCGGCAUGAUCUGCAGGAUGGCUCUGUGCUUGUUCAACUCAUAGAGAUUGUUGCUGGUGAAGUUCUGCAGGGAGUCUACACACCUCCACUGAACAAAGAGGAAAGCAGAAAGAAUGUGGAGGAAGUCUUAAAGUUCAUUUCCUCUAGAAACAUACGCAUGCCACACAUAUCUGCAAAAGACAUCGUCGAUGGGAACCUGAAGUCCAUCAUGAGGAUUAUUCUGGCUCUGGCAGCCCAUUUCAAACCUUCAGCCAGUCAGAGGGCUGCGGCUGGAGGCGGGAGGAGCUUAACUAGAGGAAACACAACCCACAAUCCUCUCUCCACGGUUGCUUUGGCUCAAGGGGCUGCUGCUGCUCUGGCAUCCGCCCGCCUGGAUGCCUCACUGCCAAUACGUUUCGCACGCAUCAACAGUGGCUGGGGGUUAGAUGGCGAAAGGAGCAUAUGUGUCCGUGCACUGGUCCAGCAGUAUGAAAGAGGAGUCACAGAUGAGCAGGAGGAUCCUCAUCUCAGCAGCCUCAGCUCCGUCACUCCACUGCCGUCACCAAGAAGUCAGCAGAGCAGCAACUCAGUCCGACAGGCGCAUGACAGCCUGCAGCAGGAGCAGGAGAGCAGUGUGGAGUCAUCUAAUGCUGUAGUGCAGAUGGCACUGGAGGAUUCUCUGAGUGAAACCUUGGAGAAGGAGGUUCAAGAGACACGGAAGAUGGUGUCUGCCCUGCAGGCUCUGUUGCUGCAUGGCUCUCUCCCUGAGGAUGAACAGGAUGUGUCUUUGACAUUGGAGCCAGUCAAUGCUGAACAGCAGCUGAUAGUCACUCGCAGCCGUUUGGAUCAGAGUAUGGAGGAGGUCACAGAGCUGAAGAGGGAGCUGUUGCUCUGCAAGCAGGAGAUCAGAAACCUGCAGGCAGUUAAGGAAGCCCAGCAGCAGAGGCUGUGCACUCAGGAAGCGUCUAUACUGCAGAUGAAGCAGGAACUUCUCCGAGCUAGCAUGACGAAAGACGAACUCAACAACCACCAUGCAGAGCUGAAGUGGAAGCUGGAGGAAUGCAACAGGCUGUGGGGUGAAUGCAAGCAGAAGGACGUCGGCCAAAAGGACAGAUUACUCCAACAGUACAAACACAAACUAGAAGAAGGCCAAAAGCUCCAGGCUGAAGCACAGAGAGAGUUGGAGCACAAAAACGACAUGCUACAGGAGCUGAUGAGUAGAAAUCUGCAAGAGAUUCCAGUCAGCGCAGAAAACAAUGGAUAUUCUUACUCUGGAAACCCAACUCCUUCUGUAUCGGGUCAGGCGGAGGAGGUCCAGCUGCUCAGAGACGCACUGAGGAGCCUGCGGAUCAACUUCAGAGACCAUGACCCGCAGCACCAUACACUGGACACCCUGGAGCAGGGAAUAGUGUCACUCAUCGACAGACUGCAUGUCGUGCAUACUCACAGGGGCAGAGGGAAAUCACCGAGACGGAAAGGUCAGCACAUAGAUUUGGACUCUUGGGCCUCCUUCCAGAGUUGUCAGUCACAGAAUGGUUCUCCUUCUUCUACAAAAAUCCUUUACUUUACUGGAAAAUCCCCAACACCCUCCAUGAUCAAUAUUCCCAAGAGGCUGGGUGAAGUAACUCUGAAGGAUGUUAAGGCGGCUGUUGAUCGAGAGGGAAACUAUAGGUACCACUUCAAGGCUCUGGACCCAGAGUUUGGCACUGUAAAAGAGGAGGUGUUCCUGGAUGGAGCAAUUGUUCCAGGCUGGGAGGGAAAAAUAGUGGCCUGGCUGGAAGAGGACCACGGCGAUGAGAGACCUUUGUAGAUUCAAGCGGAGCAGCUACGAAUUAUGCACAGUGUUGGAGGCUGGACAAAUUAGCACAAUGCUGUAAGAACAUAGCAUUUUUUAGAUUAUUAAAUAUGAACUGAAUAUCUCUGUAGUCUGUGCAAAAUAUCUGACAACAAGGAAAUUAUAAGACUCUGUGCCUUACCAAGGAAAGCUGAUUUUAUCAUGUUCCUAAUGCUGCCACACUAUAACUGCUGUAGAAAAAUAGUCGAGAACAUUAUUUGUGGACUAAGUGGAAUAGAAA